AUGCUUGAACUUGUACGACCAAUAAUAAAACUUUUAAAAAUUGAACAUACAGCAUUAGAAAAUUUUGAAGCAUUAAUGGCUUUAAAUAAUUUAGCUAGUAUUGGCGCAAGUGUUCGAAAACGUAUUUUAAAAGAAGAUGGAUUUUCAAAUAUAAAACAAUAUUUGUUUGAAGAACAUCCAAUGUUAAGACGAGCAGCUGUUGAACGUAUGUGUAAUUUAGUUGUUCAAGAAGAAGUAAAUCAAUUAAUAAUUAAUAAGUUUCAUUUGAUAAUUAUUUUAUUAUUAUUAGUUUUAUUAUGUGGUGAAGAAGAUGAAUUAUUAAUAAAAGCAGCUUUAGGAACAUUAGCUGUUUUAUCAUCAUUACAAGUUGAUCUUGAAUAUAUAAAAGAUUUAAAUUUAGAAGAUGAAGAACGUAAACGUUUAAAUGAUUUAAUUCAAACUAAUCGAAUUAUAUGUGAAAAAAUACUUGACGUUAAAUCAUUUACUGAAAUUUUUAAACAAUUAUGUGCUUGUAACAAUCCAGAUUUACAAUUUCGAACAUUUUAUAUAAUUCGCAAUAUAAAUCGUAAAAUAGCCUCGGAUAUUGUUGAACUCUGUUUAAAAUAUGGUCUUAUUCAACGAAAUAAAGAUCAUACAAUCAAAGAAGAAGAUGAAACUACUGUUACGAAUUAA